AUGAGUCGACCGGGAGUUGAAGGACUGGCCGUUGGCCUUAACAAGGGACGUGCUGCCACAAAGCUUGAGACUAAGCCACGUCAAAACAGACGCAAGGGAGUUGCCUCAAAGAAGACCAAGGUCGUUCGCGAGCUUGUCCGUGAAAUCACCGGAUUUGCCCCAUACGAGCGUCGUGUUAUUGAAAUGCUUCGCAUUUCCAAGGACAAGCGCGCUUUGAAGUUCUUGAAGAGACGCAUCGGAACCCACCUCCGUGCCAAGAGAAAGCGUGAGGAGCUCCAAGGAGUCAUCAUCGCUCAGCGCAAAGCCCACAAAUAA